UGAUGUAUAUAAAUAUUUGUGGAUCUACAUCUUACUAAUGUGUCACUCAAGAUGAGAAGUAAAUUAUUGUAAGAAAUGAAAAAUCAACAUAAAAUAUUAUAAUAGCUGAGAAUGAUGAAUGUGAUUUUUAUUCAAAAUAACAUGAUUAUGCUAAAAAUGAUCUCAUGCUUAUAAAUGAGAAUAAUCCUUUUGCAGGUGUAGUAUUAAAACUUUAAGGGGUUGAAGAUGAUGAGAAUAUGGAACUCUUAUUAAUAUGUAGUAAUUCAGAUACAUUUGAAAUUUAAACUCCUUGUGAAUAAGAUUAUUGUAUAAAACACAAUAGCGUUUGUCCAAUUCUAGUCACUAAUCCAAUUAUGAAGUUUUAUCAAUACUUAUACAUUCCUCUAGGUGUAAUUUUUAUACUUUUAGGAAUUGCUUUAAUGAUUUUCGGAUUCUAAUUUUUGAGAUUUACUACAGUCUUAUUGGCAUUUAUGAUUGGAACAGCAAUUUAUACUAUUGUAUUGGGAGAAGCAGUAUUAGAUUAAGAUUCAAGCAAUUUUGCAAUAAUAAUAAUAUUUUGUUCUGGAAUUGGAGUUGGUAUUAUUUAUGCAAACACAACUUAUGUUAGAUAUUUACUUGUAAUUAUAGAUUCUAUUUUUAUUAGGGAGUAUUCAAUAUGGGUUUGAUAUUUGGAGUUGUACUUUCUCUCUUGAUGCAACCAUUAUUCUUGCAUUUAUUCAAUAGUCAUCCUAUGUUUUUAACUCUAACAUUAACAUUUUCAAUUUCAGGAUUACUAUUUGGAUUCUUAGCUUGUAAAUUUUUAAAUACUUUUGGAAUUGGAGCCACAGCUUUAGCAGGAGUAUUAUAAAAUCAUUAAAAUAGAGUUAUUUAUUUAUCAAACCUAUUGGAUGGUUUGCAAGUGGAUAUCCUAAUGAAAUUUAUUUAGUAAAGAGAGCAUUUUAUGGAUUUGAAAAAGAGAUUAAUUUUAGAUUUUACUUAUAUUUCUCAUCCAUAAUGGUUUUGACUAUUGGAAGUGUGUUUUAUCAAUAUAGAUAAUUAAGAAAGAGGAUGAGCAUGGAUGAAAUGUUUGCAUAUAAAGAAAUGGAUUAUUGUGAAAUGGGAAAUUUUGAAAAAGCUAAUAAAUCUGAAGUUAAAGGAUUUGCAGAUGAAACUGAAGUAUAUAUAUUAUAUUAUUAUUAAAUAGGUGGUUAUGCAAUCUGUUUAAUUUGUUAAGAAAUUAAGUGAAAAAGGUAAGAGAAAGAGUGAUUCAAGUGAUCAGAGUUAAUGA